AUGCGAUUUACUGCGUCUAGCGCAAUACGCCUUUCAGUUUUUAUCUGUCAACUGGCAGAUGGCACCCAAGGAAUGCACAGAGUCCGCGUUUUCUCCUCGGCUGACAGUUCCUCGGAGGGAGUUGGCAGUUCCUGGGAGAGAGUUGGCAGUUCCUGGGAGGGAGUUGGCAGUUCCUCGGAGGGAGUCCGCGAUUUCCCGGCGGCUGGCAGUUUCUCGGAGCUAACAUGGGGGUUCAGAGUUCCAGCAGGUGAACCUGAAUGUUGGAUUCCGCCUGUAGAACCGUGUAUCAAUCAAUAUCUCGAAGAACGCAAGCCAAGGAUUUUUCCUGAUGCUCACCAAGAACUUCAACCAUUACAUCCCAAAAUAUCUAGAAGCGAUGCAUUAAUGACUCAUGUGGAUCACAAGACUGCGAAGCAGCUCGGUACAUGGUAUACCAAAAUCACGAUCAGUCAUGAAAAAUUGCCCGCAGAUGACCCACGCAGGAUUUUCAUCACGGAAAUAUGGCGCUCGGAUGCUCCACUUCAUUAUCAAACUCACUUGAUAGACCUUGUGUUCAAAAACAUACUGGAUAGACGUAAUCUCUUUGUCACGGACGCUCAAGCCAAGGAGUGGCUGGGAGUCGUUGCUUAUACUCUGCGCGAACAUCCAGCAACAGCAUCCUUCGACAGACCACACAAAGCCGUAUCUGCCUUGUUUGGCCUUUACAGCCUUCAGGUGAGGUCCGCAGAACGACCGGUACUUAUCCCUUAUACAUCGGCAAUGAAAUCGUAUGCUUGGCAUAUUCUCGGCAAGCACACGGACUUUGGGCCCCAAAAUUAUUUAACAUGGGAACAUGCACUCCUUAAUCCGGAUGAAGGAUUUGGACCAGAACUAGGCGAAUGGGAAACCUUUAAGAAAAACUUUCCCGAGAUGGCAAGGAAACUUCUCGAAGGCGAUAAAGCAGUUUUCGAUUACAUACAUUCUAUUGGAAACAGUUUCGACUCCAUAUCGGCUCAUAAGAGGGUGGCAAUCCUGGCUUUCUUUUAUCAUGCACUCAACCAAAUCAAGAACAAAAGCGCCGAUUCUCCCAUUGGCAUGAUUUAUAUGUUUAUUGAUCAUUAUUAUGAUAAUCUUCUGAGUCACGAGAAAAAACUCAUCAAAUUCAUACGAAAUGGCCAUUAG